AUGACGAAAAAUGGCGGCUUAUAUCCUCACCUACCCAUUGUUACAUACGAACUCGCCGGGCCCCCACAUCCGGGUAGCCUUGCCUCAUUCGUUACAGAAGACAGCGACUUUUACUUGAACACUACUUCCAACGACGAUAUUACGAUUUGGACCGGAGACUAUCCAGGCUGUGAUGACGAUUUAGACGUGAGCGCAACCAGCUCUACUCUAACCAUUGAUGGAUUUGUCCCAGCUUCCGCCUACCCAGAUAGCUAUAACGAGCAAGUUUCGACUUGGAUAGAGGAGCUGGGCUCGGCGAAUAGAGGUUCGGAUUCAGGUUCGGGAGGGAACGCCGGCCAGCAGAUCGCCAUUGCGUCUUAUAUUAACCCUCUCGGAGACCCGACUUCGUGGGAACGACUCUUGGCAUACGACACUGAGAAGGUCAGCGUAUUAGUUGCCAAUGUUAUGAACGGUCCAGAUUAUGUAGCCGAUAAAAGCUGGAAAUCGGUGAUUGACCAAGCUGCGAGUCAAGGCAAAAAGAUCCUUGGUUAUGUUCGGACUGGAUACCUUGGCGUGAGUCAACAGCAAUUUACGACUCGACUAGGCUCGUAUAAUCUCGCAGACUGGGCCUCGCAAAUUGAACAAGAUGUCGACAAGUGGUUCGAGCUAUAUGGCAGCAGACUUGGCGGUAUCUUCUUCGAUGAAGGCUGGCCAGAAUGUGGUCCCGACAAUAUUUACGCCGAUCUUUACGCAUAUAUCAACAAUUACACGAAGCGCAAGCAUCCCGGCGCAUUCACAGUGCUCAAUCCUGGCUCACCGAUAGCUCAAUGUUAUAAGGACACUAUGGAUACGCUGUUAACCUUCGAGAGCAGCUAUAAGACUUAUACCAACUCGUUCGUACCUAAUGAUUGGACGCCGAAGGAUCCCCGAAAGAUCUGGCAUAUCGUCUACAAAGUACCGCAGGAGCAGAUUGCGAGUGUUGCUGCGCUUGCCCGUGACCGUCAUUCAGGGUUAUUGGAAAUUACCGAUGAUAACCAGCCUAACCCUUAUGACACUCUUCCCAGCGAGGCUUAUAUGAAAGCAUUCAUCGACGAAGUAUCAGGUGGCAAGCCACUCAUUAACGACCCAGCUAAAGCUACUGGCUCUUACGUUGCUGGUCUUCCAAGCAACGCGGCUGUCUCCUCUUCAGACUAUAGCUCCGUCACCCUCGCCUGGUCAUCAGUUGGAAAUGCUCUUGGCUACGCGGUAUAUAAGGAUGGUACACAGUUGCUGGAGCUUCCAGCCUCAUUGACCCGAGCUACAAUUGGCAUGCUCGACCCCGGAUCCUCUGGCAUCGUCUUCGAGGUACGGACGAUCUUAGCUUCAAGCAGUGGAGGCAGCUCCCGGUUAAUCUCGGCGAGCACGAAAAGCCUACCGGAAAGUGGUACAAUCACUAAUGCUGGCUUUACACGGGAUGGCGACACCGUUGUAUAUAAAGCCGACGUCCUGGUGCCAUAUGCAUUCGUGCGGCUAUUCAUCGGGAUCAAACAACCUGAUGACACCAUAUUAGAACAUAAGGCCAAACACGGGUGGCCGAUUGAAGCAGGCGUCGUUUAUGGUACCAUGUACGACCAGGUCGUCAACUACCUCGUCGAAGGAAAUGACUUUUACUCUGGCUUUUACAAAUACACUGGCUCUUGGAAUGACAUAGACCGAGGUAAUGCGGAAUGGUCAUGGUCUUCUAUCGGUGUCGCGCCUCAAUCCCAGAGUGGUUACACGUAUACGUGGAACGUCCCAUUCGCUGGCACCGAUGCUGUUGCCAGCGAAUAUCUUAUACAAGGUCAAGGAUACGCCCCGAUUAACAAUCUUUGCAAGGGAAGCCUUUAUUAUUAUUCGGUGCUUUAG